AUGGCUGAGACCCGUGUUAACAAGACCGCUCUGCAUCCAGGUGGUGUCCAACCUCGAGCAGAGCACACCGAAGUCGAGGAAGAGCUCCACGACAAGGCCCACAUUGACUACGAUCGUGUAGCCAUUAUUGCCAACCCAUCUGUCGCCGCCCUCUACGAAGAUGCAUUGGUAUACGAGACUGGAUCUGCCAUUACCUCCACUGGUGCCCUAUCCGCAUACUCCGGAGCCAAGACCGGACGCUCGCCUUCAGACAAGCGUAUUGUGAAGGAGGAGGGCUCGGAGAGUGACAUUUGGUGGGGACCAGUGAACAAGCCCAUGACGCCCGAGGUCUGGCGUAUCAACCGCGAGCGUGCCGUCGACUACCUCAACACCAGGAAUCGCAUCUAUGUCAUCGAUGGUUACGCAGGCUGGGAUGAGCGCUACCGGAUCAAGGUCCGCGUUGUCUGCGCUCGUGCAUACCAUGCUCUCUUCAUGUACAACAUGUUGAUCCGUCCAUCACGGAAAGAGCUWGAACAUUUCCACCCCGACUAUGUCAUCUACAACGCUGGUGCCUUCCCAGCCAACAGAUAUACCACUGGUAUGACCUCGAACACCUCCGUGUCCAUCAACUUUCAAGAAAAGGAAAUGGUCAUCUUGGGUAUCUUCACGGUGCUCUUCUACGAGAUGCCUGUCAAGCACAACGUGUUGACCCUCCACUCAUCUGCCAACGAGGGCCAGAAUGGCGAURUCACUGUUUUCUUUGGUCUUUCCGGAACUGGCAAGACGACCCUCUCUGCAGACCCCAAGCGUGCAUUGAUCGGAGACGAUGAGCACUGCUGGAGUGAUACUGGUGUCUUCAACAUCGAGGGAGGCUGUUACGCCAAGUGUAUUGGCCUUUCUGCCGCGACCGAGCCUGAUAUUUUCAACGCCAUCAAGUUUGGCUCGAUCUUGGAGAACGUUGUGUUCGACCCAGAGACCCGCACAGUUGACUACGACGACACCACCCUCACAGAGAACACUCGCUGCGCAUACCCGAUCGAAUACAUCGAGAACACCAAGAUCCCUUGUAUCUCCGACCACCACCCAACAAACAUCGUCCUCCUCACCUGCGAUGCCCGCGGUGUCCUCCCACCAAUCUCAAAGCUCAACAGCGAGCAGACCAUGUUCCACUUCAUUAGUGGUUACACCUCCAAGAUGGCCGGAACCGAGCAGGGCGUCACCGAGCCACAAGCUACCUUCUCCUCUUGCUUCGCACAACCCUUCUUGGCCCUGCACCCAAUGCGUUACGCCAAGAUGCUUGCGGACAAGAUGUCACACCACAACACCAACGCAUGGUUGWUGAACACCGGCUGGACUGGCGCUGGCGCUGCCACCGGUGGCAAGCGUUGCCCCCUGAAAUACACUCGUGCUAUCCUCGACGCCAUCCACAGUGGUGAGCUCGCAAAGGUCGAGUACGAGAACUACGAGACCUUCAACCUGCAAGUACCAAAGACUUGCCCCAACGUUCCUGACGAGCUCCUCAACCCAGCCAAGAGCUGGUCUGGUACUGCGGACUUUAAGGAAGAGGUGAACAAGCUCGCCACUCUUUUCGUCGAAAACUUUGACAAGUACAAGGACGAGGCUACGGAGGAUGUCAUCAAGGCCGGACCAGUAGUGGCCUAA